CAGUUGACCUCAAUACAAUCGACGCUGUUUAUUUUCCAAUACAGGUAAAUCCAAUAUAAGCUUUACAAUAGAUCUAUGACGGUUUAUCUUUGAACACAACUGGACUUAUUGGACUCAACUGCCACAUUAUCAAAGUGUAUUAGUAGAUUACUGUUAUUUAGGUAUUUUCGAUGACAAAUAUGUUUUCUCUAUGUGGGCCUCUAAUACGCAUUCACCUGGGUCAUUUACAGUUGAAACAAGUAGCAUAAUAGAAUUACUGGAGCGUGAUAGCUAGAUUCUUUAGUCUAAAAGGAAGUAAGUCUCUCUCUCCAAAUUAUUUCCGCAAGUUUACAGUUUUGCUUAAUUCCAAGAUAAACAAGCAAAAUUUUAAAGAUUUAUACGGAUGAGCGAUUUAUGAUUUAUCCAGAUGUCUAAAUAAACAAUUAUGUGCUGAUAUUUCCAUUGUGCUGAAAUUUGCAUGUGCACACAGGGGCGUGUUAUAUUGGCAUCAUUUUCAACUUCGGCAAAAAGGACUACUUGAAACAAAAGGAAUUUCUGCGUCGGCCCGAUAGAACAAACAGCGAUCAUUCAAGGUUUUAAAGAACACAAUGAAAGAGCGUAAUAAACUCAAGAAAGCAAUCAAGAUCGUUUUAUGGAUUUCUUUGGCCUACGUCUGUUUCGUUGGUAUUGACACGGCAUUUGACGUUUUCGGCUACACACCAUUUCAUGGCACUACUUUCUUGACCUACUUACACUUUCGUCGAACUUGUUCUGAAAACAGUACGUCUCAAACUAACGCCAGUAUAAGUACCACACGUAAAACUAAUGUGGCAUUUUUGAAAGUUCAUAAGGCAGGGUCAUCAUGUGUGCAAAAUUUACUUUUUAGAUUUGGGUUAAGGCAUAAUCUAAAUAUUCUUCUUCCAAAAUCUGAAAAUUAUCUUUACAGUGAGAAUCAAAAACUCCCUUUAAAACCAUGUGAACAUUACAAUAUAUUCGCCUGCCAUACAGUCUACCGGAAACAGUUGUUUGAUGAUCUACUUCCGGAUGAUUCGGUAACCAUUGGCAUUGUCCGUGAACCGGUGAGCAGGGUGAUCAGUGCAGCGUAUUACUAUCGUGAUGUUAUGAACAGUGAAUAUUUAAAUCAGAUACCAAGAGCAAACUUCAUCCACAAUCUCGUUAAUUUGCCAGAAACGUACGAGAGGAAUUUUUUUUCUCAUACGAGAAACACAAUGGGACAAGAUUUUGGAUUUCCGAAUGAUAUUAAACAAUCAAACGCAGCUGAAAUCAGAAAAUACCUGGACGAGUUGAAUUCACAGUUCUUACUAGUGUUGAUCAUGGAAAAAUUCAACGAGUCGCUAGUCCUGAUGAAGCGACUUCUCAACUGGUCCUUUCUUGAUAUCAUAUACAUGAAAAGUAAUUCACACGAGCACUACCGUACCAACUUGAACGAAACCGAAAGGGCAAAAUUUAGGACAACAAGUUUCUUAGACUUUGAAAUAUACGAGUAUUUCUUUAGCGUGUUUGACAUAAAAUUAAAACAAAUAGAAGACGAUUUUUACGAUGAAGUCUCAUACUUCAAAACAGUAAUAGACAAAGUAAGUGAAUUUUGCCUGAGAAAGGAGGACACAAAGAAUGUUACACUGCUAAUUCAGCAAUCAAAAUGGGACAGUGCGUUCAAGGUUUCGGAAACAGACUGUCAAUGGAUGCAGACAGAAGAAGUAGAAUUUAUUAACAAACUUCGAGAACAACGACUUCAGUCUGUAUAGAAUUUCAGAUGGUGCAUAUUAAACAGAAGACUGAGACUGGGAAAUUUAGGAUUAUUCAUUACUUACAGCGGGACAUUGAUGGCCUUUUUAGAUGGCCCUUAAAGGUCGUUCAAUGAUGACCCUUGACGAUUGGUUAAAAAAUUAUUUCAUACCUGAGGAAUAUAUUCAGCUGACCUGUAGUAGAUCAAUGGCUCUACAUGUAUCAAUGUUUCUGUCUGUGUCAUUUUAGCUCGACUAUUCAAAGAAUAGUAGAGCUAUUGGACUCACCCAUGCGUCUGCGUCGGCGUCUGCGUCUGCGUCUGCGUCGGCGUCGGCGUCCCGAUUUGGUUUAGGUUUUGUAUGUGAGCUGGUAUCUCAGUAACCACUUGUGGGAAUGGAUUGAAACUUCACACACUUAUUCACUGUGAUAAACUGACCUACAUUGCACAGGUUCCAUAACUCUAUUUUGCUUUUUUACAAAAUCAUGCCCCUUUUUUGACUUAGAAAUUCUUGGUUAAGGUUUUGUAUGUAAGCUGGUAUAUCAGUAACCACUUGUGGGAAUGGAUUGAAACUUCACACACUUAUUCACUGUGAUAAACUGACCUACAUUGCACAGGUUCCAUAACUCUGUUUUGCAUUUUUACAAAAUCAUGCCCCUUUUUUGACUUAGAAAUUCUGGGUUAAGGUUUUGUAUGUAAGCUGGUAUAUCAGUAACCACUUGUGGGAAUGGAUUGAAACUUCACACACUUAUUCACUGUGAUAAACUGACCUACACUGCACAGGUUCCAUAACUCUGUUUUGCUUUUUUUACAAAAUUAUGCCCCUUUUUCAACUUAGAAAUUCUUGGUUAAGGUUUUGUAUUUAAGCUGGUAUCUCAGUACCCACUAAUGGGAAUGGAUUGAAACUUCACACACCUGUUCACUGUCAUGAUUUGACAUGCACUGUGCAGGUCCCAUAACUCUAUUUUACAUUUUUUCAAAAUUAUGCCCCUUUUUCUGACUAAGCAGUUUUUGGUUAAGUUUUUGUAUGUAAGCUGGUAUCUCAGUAUCCACUAAUGGGAAUGGAUUGAAACUUUACACUCUUGUUCACUGUCAUGAUCUGACAUGCACUGUGUAGGUCCAAUAACUCUACUCUGCAAUUUUUUUCAAAAUUAUGCACCUUUUUCGACAUAGCAGUUUUUGUUAAUUUUUUGUAUGUAAGCUGGUAUUUCAGUAUCCACUAAUGGGAAAGGAUUGAAACUUCACACACUUGUUUACUGUUAUGAGCUGAUAAGGACUGAAUUUUUUUAUAACCUUUUUUCCAAUUUUUACAAAAUUAUGCCCCUUUUUCGACUUUUAUAUUCAUUCAAUUGACAAGGCUGUUGAAUAGCCGGGCGUUGCUGUCUUCCGACAGCUCUUGUUAAAUAUGUCCGGAGGAGCACCUGGGGUCUGUCUCCACCACUAAAACUGGAGUGUCGCCAUAUUGCUCAAUUGAGUCUGUGUGACUCUAGAUAAUUUUGCCAUAGGUAUUAGAAGAUUUUUGCCAUAGGUAUUCUGAUAUAUUACAAUUACCAUUUGAGAAUUUUCCAUUAGAUGUUUUAGGAUUUUAUCGAUUUUGUUUCCUUUUAUCACAAGGAUCUGUAUCAGUCUUUUUGGUGACAAUAAAGUCUUUCCAUACUUGGACUAAUGUUAUGUUUUUUGGUCCUUUUGGAUGAUAAAUCCAUAAAGUUUUACUAUAAGGCUGAUCUCUACCAAAUCAAGUGUAAUUAAGCCUACACAGGUCUAUUCGCAAGUAAUCCAAGUAUAAAUAGUCAUACUUUCCUCGUGCCUGGCUAUGUCACGGUUUUCUUAAACAUAUGUAUAGAUAUCAUUGCAGGAAAAUCGCAAUGUUCCUGUCCAAUGGCGGCGUAAGAACUUGUCUCGAAAAGAGACGUUGAAAGAAGCGAAAAGGAGUAAAUUCAGAAGUUUGGUUUUAAGGAAUCGUUAUCUAUCUUUUUAUAUAAAGUAAAUAUCUCAGAAAGAUACCGUUAUUAAGUAAAUGGAUUUUGUAUGAAUUAAAGAAUACCUGGAUUCAGUGGUGUUUGCUCAAUAAUAAACUUCCGCUUUUAAAUGCCGUUGAUGGGAAGGUGAGGGGAGUUGCACAUUACAUGACCUCUUAUGAAUAGACUCAAUGAAACCUACUAAUUUUCUUGUCCAGAUUUUUUGUUUUUAAGAAAUGUUGCUUUUGUAGAUUUAUUUUAUUAAUAUUCCUACUGUAAAAAGAACUAUAUUUAUUGUAUUAACGGAACAAGACUUGCAAUACUUUUAACCACUUUUCUCUGUUUAAACGUAAAGAUUAAAACAUAUGAUUUAAAACCAUAAAUGUAGAAAUAAAUUUAGUGGAGCGGCUGCAAUAAAAAAAUCUGGAAUACAAAUAAACCAACCUUUUCAGUUUGUCAACGUUGUGAGCGUUUGUCUAUUGGAAAAAUAAAUUGGAAAAUUGUU